CCCCAGAGAAUGUAGUUGAAUUGAGGUUCCUCAUACAUACACAAAGUUGAUGCUACAUCUCAUCCACUCUCUACAUAUCUCCUUCUACUUCCUGUAACGCCAUCCUCUCUUCUUCAAAAACCUAUCUUCUCUGCUCUUUCACUCAUCACUUUUCACUCCCUGCUCCCUUUGUCGCAGGCGGCGCCAUCAGAUGAUUAAUAUAACCUAACCUUUGAACCCUUUUCAUUUCAAAAUCUGAUCAACUUCUUCCCAAUGGUUACUUACGACUCAGCUGUUUCCACUGGAAGUAGCAGUGGAAACUCUUCCUGUUCAGCUACAAAACCAGCCGCCGACGUCGAUGGGUUACUCGCUGGAGCCGGUUACAGGGUUCGAUCUUCCGAGCUCCGUCAGGUGGCUCAGCGUCUUGAACGACUUGACACCGUUAUGGUUAACUCUCCCGCUGAUAUCUCUCUACUUACCUCCGAUACUAUCCAUUACAAUCCCUCUGAUCUCGCCUCCUGGGUUGACUCACUCUUGUCCGAGUUCAACCAGCCUGUCGCUGUACCAACCGAUCUACCAGACUUUCCUGAUCAGACGGUUGUGAAUAAUUACUUGGCCGAUGAUAUAAUUCUGUCUCAACCGCCUCGGCAGAAUAUACCUCCGCAGCAGCGGCAGUUGACGGUGGUAACGGCUGUGGAAGAAGAUUCCGGGAUAAGACUGGUCCACCUGUUAUUGACUUGUGCCGAGUCAAUACAACGUGGCGAGGUGGCAUUGGCUGGUGCGCUUAUUGAAGAUAUGAAGGGCUUGCUGACUCAUGUUAAUACGGGUUGCGGAAUCGGAAAAGUGGCGGAGUACUUCAUCGACGCAUUGAGCCGCCGGAUCGUUGGAGUCGGUGGCUCCGUCUGCGGCUCCGCUUACGAAAAUGAGAUUUUAUAUCACCACUUCUACGAGGCCUGUCCUUACUUAAAAUUCGCUCACUUCACCGCUAAUCAGGCCAUUUUAGAAGCUUUCGACGGUCAUGAUUGCGUCCACGUGGUUGAUUUUAAUUUGAUGCAUGGUUUGCAAUGGCCAGCAUUGAUUCAGGCUUUGGCUUUGCGUCCAGGUGGACCUCCGCGGUUACGGUUAACUGGAAUAGGCCCACCGUCGCCGGAUGGCCAUGACUUUCUGCGCGAAAUCGGGUUGAGGUUGGCUGAGUUGGCUCGGUCUGUGAAUAUCAUGUUCACUUUUCGCGGCGUCGCGGCUUCGCGCCUGGAGGAUGUAAAGCCGUGGAUGCUCCAGGUCAGCCCAAAGGAAGCAUUGGCGGUCAAUUCAAUCAUGCAGCUGCACAAACUACUGGGGUCAGAUCCUGCCCGAAAUUCCCCGAUAGAAAUGGUACUGGGUUGGAUCCGAGACUUGAACCCGAAGAUCAUGACAGUAGUUGAGCAAGAAGUUAAUCAUAACCAACCAGAAUUCUUGGACCGGUUCAGUAAGGCUUUGUAUUAUUACUCAACAAUGUUCGACUCACUGGAGGCUUGCUCGCUUCAGCCGGAGAAGGCUGUAGCUGAGAUUUACAUACAGAGAGAGCUGUGUAACGUUGUGUGCUGCGAAGGAGCCGCCAGGGUGGAGAGGCACGAGCCGCUGACAAAAUGGAGGACGCGGCUUGCAGGAGCCGGUUUUAGGCCAUUGCCUAUGGGAUCUAACGCGUUUAGGCAAGCCAGUAUGCUUCUAACGCUUUUCUCGGCUGAGGGAUACUGUGUUGAGGAAACUGAAGGGUGUUUGACACUAGGUUGGCACAGCCGCCCCCUCAUCGCGGCUUCGGCUUGGCAAGCCGUGUCCGAUCCCGUCAUAAAUUAUCACACCAAUAAUCGUAAUAUCAUCAUGUAAAUUUAAAUUAUGGUCUUGGUAAUUUUUGGUUAGUUUAAAGGAGAAUUUUAGUUGGAGGAAGAACGAGUAGUUACUAUAGAAAUUAUGCGCUGUUUCUAUAA